GUACAUAGACUGAUCUGUCAGUACAUCUUUCACGUCGCUCAUACGAGUUUCGUUAGAGAAAUUUAAUCAGAAAUCGAAUUUAUAUCGAUCGUAAUCGCCGUUUGUCCGAGACGUACGAAUAAAUAGUUAUAUCGUUGAUGGAGAUCGUUUUAUACAAUGUGGGCCAUUUUCAUGAACCUCCGUAAUGAAAACUAAUCGCGUUGGGCUCGCGAGAUUUUCCACGGCCGUUUAUCCCAUACCUGCAUGCGCCUGACAAUCUACGUGUAUAGCGAGGUCACACGUUACUUUUCCAUAAGGGUAAUGCAGGAUACUGUUGUUUCUUGCCCAGAAAUGCUAAUAGUCCUUCAUGAUUUAAGAUAAGUGUUGAUGCAUUUUGUAUGAGACGUCAGGAAUUCCAAAUAUCGCUUCCCUCCCCCCUCCCCCUCAAUUGCGGAGAAACUUCGCAGUCCAAAAAAGCAGAAUCUAAACUAAUUAUAUAUUUAGAUAUUUGUGAAUCAACAUUCAUAAUAGAUCGGAAAAUAGAUUGGAAAUGGAGAGUUCCGAAGAGCCGACCAGUUUGCAAUCGAUUUGUCAUCUGCAUGCAUCCGAGUUAUUUCCAAAACAUCCACAUUUCGAAUGCGAAGAUCAGACAUUGACAAUCCCAUUUACACUCUUAAGUGGAGAAUCAGUAGUAGCAUUGGGACGUAUAUCGGAUGGUGUUUUGGCUCUUUCUAAUUACAGACUUUACUUACAACAGAGUAAAGCCUGUUACAAUAUACCGUUAGGCCUUAUUGAACAAUUAGAAGUAAAAGAAAUUUUCUUUUUGCAUAUUGGGUGCAAAGAUGCUCGAUCAUUGAGCUGUGCAUUUUCCACUAACGAGCAUUGUUUGGAAUGGUUCAAACGAUUACAUAAAGUAACUUACCCACGUAAAAGUAUUGAGGACAUAUUUGCUUUUGCGUAUUACGCAUGGUCUAUAGAAGAGGGUAAAGACUAUCCUAGGCUUGGAAAAGAUAACAGUUCUUAUAUUUCUACUUUUAAUUCAGAGGUGGAACGAUUGAAAUUUAAUCUUCAUGGUACAUGGCGCAUAAGUCAGAUAAAUAAAGAUUAUAGAAUGUGUCCAUCUUAUCCGCCACAACUCUUGGUUCCUGCUUGCAUUUCCGACGAAACUCUGGAGACUGUUGCUAAAUUCAGAAGUUCCAGACGAAUUCCUGCAGUAGUAUGGAGACAUGUAAACAAUGGAACGGUAAUAGCUCGUAGCAGUCAACCAGAAGUUGGUUGGUUGGGCUGGAGAAGUUCUGAAGAUGAGGAUCUUUUAAAAGCUUUGUCUGAUGCAUGUUCCUAUGAUAAAGGGGAAUCCACAAUGGUUGACUCACCUAUUAAUUAUUCUGACGUCGGAGACGAUGCGAUUACUCCAAGUGUUACGAAAAAAGUUCUAAUCGUGGAUGCUAGAUCCUAUACAACUGCUGUAGCAAAUAGAGCACGAGGUGGCGGUUGCGAAUGUCCUGAAUAUUAUCCAAGUUGUGAUAUUCAGUUUAUGAAUCUGGCAAACAUACAUUCUAUAAGAAAAAGUUUUCAUGCUGUUAGACAAUUGUGUGCAUCUGAUGCUGAUCAACCAAAUUGGUUGAGUUUGUUGGAAGGUACUAGAUGGUUACAACAUAUGUCAGGUUUAUUGCGCGCUGCAGUUACAGUUGCAUCAGCUAUCGAACGAGAUGGACGACCAGUAUUAGUGCAUUGUAGUGAUGGUUGGGAUAGGACACCUCAGAUUGUUGCCUUAGCACAGAUAUUAUUAGAUCCCUAUUACCGCACUAUGGAGGGAUUUCAAAUAUUAUGUGAGAGAGAAUGGUUAGACUUUGGACAUAAAUUUGCUGAUCGCUGUGGACAAACAGUCGGUUGCGAAGAUCCAAACGAACGUUGCCCAGUAUUUUUACAAUGGCUUGAUUGUGUACAUCAGUUAAUUCAACAGUUUCAGUGUAGUUUUCAAAUGUCUCCUGCAUAUCUUGUAAAAUUAGCACAGCAUACAUAUUCACAACUCUUUGGUACAUUUUUAUGUAACACAAGACAGGAGAGAUUACAGUUAAGAAUACAAGAACGUACUUUUUCAGUAUGGCGAUUUCUUAACUCUUCUUUGUUUGUUAAUCAUUUGUAUUCACCUUUAAAAAAUCAAGUAUUAUGGCCAAGUUGUAACGUACGAGAUCUUGUUCUGUGGUCGGAAGUAUAUUUAGGUUCUAUGGAAUCGUCACUUGGUAUUAGGGACGAUAAGCAAAGAGUUACGAUGAUAGAUAUAGAAGGAGGUGAAAGUGAAGAACCACAAGGACAAAUGACUAAAACACGUUCUUACGGGGAUCUUAUACACGCCCCCGAUCAUGUAGCCUAUCUUCAUCGCAGACUAAGCGAUCCAAGUAUUUCCGUGGAAAAAAAAUUUGAUUCCUUAAAUUUGGAAGUUGAGGCUGAAAAAAUAGUAAAUAACGUAGAUGAUAGCAAAUUUGAAGCUGUAGAAGCAGAUCCAUCAGAGACUGACAUUAAGACCAAACAGUAUACUACAGUGCAAGCAUCGAGCGAGUCACCUGCUAAUCCAUCGGUGGAUAGUUCUACAGAUACAUUAAUACCGAACAAUGAUUCGCUUGUUAGCGUUGUAAACGGGGAAAAAGAAAUAUUGCAAACAAAUGUAGGACAAGAUAGUAUCUCACCAUGGAUUGAAACUGGCACAACGGGACGUGGUACUUGUUCCUGUAAUCGUAAUCACAAUGAGGGUAGCGAUGUCAGUGAUACCAGUGCUCCAUUGAUAUCAAGAACACCAAGUAGCAUAUGUCCAGCUUCUCCAACCCACCAGGAUGUUAUAUUAGAUAAUCCUGAUAGGCUGGAUGACGUCGAUGGUCUUCCUGUUAUUCAUUGUGAUGUUCAGUUACGAGUACAACAGAUUAUCGUCGAGCACAAGCUAAAGGAAGAAGCAUUACGAAAGGAAUUACAUACAACAAGGCUAGCAUUAAUUAAACAAGUGUGCAACCACAAUGCAGAUACCGAUCGUAUUGAUGAUAUUGGUUCACUGCCUGAUUCGGUGGGCAGUGCUGGAGAACACGGAGAAUCCUUACCAUCGGAUAUGUCAUGGGAGGCCGUCGAAGACUUGGUACCAGCUCCAACUCUUUGGGUUCCAGAUCAUGCAGUAAAUCGUUGCAUGGGUUGCAACACAGAAUUUUGGCUUGGUAGACGUAAACAUCAUUGCAGAUGCUGCGGCAAGAUAUUCUGUGCGGAUUGUUCAGAAAACUCUACGCCGUUACCCAGUGAACAACUUUAUAAUCCUGUAAGAGUUUGCAAAGAUUGCUUCUCUCGACUUCAUCAUCAUACAAGUCCUUGCCAGUGCAGUGCUCGACAUCAGAAUAAAGUAGAUCACGAAACGGAUCUAUCAUCUAAUUCAGAAACAUUGGUGACUUACCAAAGGGCAAAGCCUAUCUCGAUGACGAAGGAUACUUGCUGCGACAACUUAUUGCAGGCUGCUCAUCAGAAAUCACAACCGUCCAUUACAGCAGAUGUAUCCUUCUUCCUUUUCAUCUCAUAAGAUGAUACGAAGAGAAUUUGCGGAGAUAAAGUAUCGGUCAAUCUAUAUAAUAUACAUUUAUACAGAGUGCAUAUAUUUAUUGGGCAAUAGAUCUACUGUAAUUAGCAAUUUUCGAACACAACAUUUUUACAUGAAAGUAAACGGUACGACAUUACACGGGGACAUUCCAAACAUAUAUUUCAUCCACCAUUACAUUUAUUGUUAUUAUAACAGGUGGGUAAAACGGCAGAUAAAUAGUUCUACGAAACAACGGACGAGGCGAUUAAAUCUACGAACUACUGUAACAUGGAUAAAUAUUAUAUAUGUGUAUAUCAGUGCAUAAAUUAAAAGUGGACAGAAUAUUGUAUUUAUAUAAACUAUUUGUAUAACUGC